AGGACGCGUGACUCCCACUUGUCUCCACAGAGUUGCAGAAACAAGACCCCUCCCUCCAGGUUGGUUUUCAGAACCAUGGUCAGCGCGCGGACGCUCCUCCUCGUGGUCACCUGCAGCUGCGCCUACCUGUGGCUCACCCGAGCCGAGGACUCCUCCCUGGAAGCGCGCUCGCUGGAUUUUACUCUGAAAGCUCAACAAGAGAAGGACCUGAUUGAUGCCUUGCAAGAAGUUUUAGAAAAGCUGAGAAACAAAGAAAUGCCGUUGGAGAAGAAGCUCGGUUGGUUGCCUUCAUGUGACGCGGGAGAGCCGUGCGCCGUGCGUAAAGGAGCGCGCAUUGGCACACUAUGCGGCUGUCCUCGAGGGACUUCCUGUAACUUCUACGUCCUUAAAUGUUUAUAAAACAAAACAAACUACGAGAAAUAAGGAAAUAUAUUUAUUUAAGAGUUGGAAAAUAAUUAAUUAAGCCUGACAUAAAGGGUGCAAAACAUAAGUAAUUCUCUCAUGUAACAUUAGAAUCAUAUAAACGCAUUUUUGGAGCAAAUUUGGAAAUAUUUCAGUUUGAAAAUGGAAUAUAACAAUUAGGAUUCAACAACUCGAUUUUUGGAAAAAAUUAAAAGUAUUUAACUUUUUCGUGAUAUUUAGUGAAAAUCUGGAGUUUGUUCAAUAGAAUACCAAUAAUUAAAACAUCAAGGAGAAUUAUCAUGAUUAGCACCCUAAUGUGUCAUAAAAAAGUAAAAUGUUUUAUGCUGUAAAAUGAGAAGGUUGCACGUUAUGGUCCUUACAUGCACAUUUUGACCCUAAUUUUAGUCGUAAAUGUUGUUUUAUUCAUGUGUAUAUCACAGUGCGUUGAUGAUUAUUAAAGGUGAAUAUUCUAA